AUGGACUCACCAAACUUCAAACCGUCUUUGUUGGACAGAAUCUUAAUUGCUGUAUUCCGCUUCAUCAACUUUUUCAUCUCUUGGCACCAUUUGCCUGCCCUCAUCGGAGCUUUCAACCUCGACAUCUUGAGAAUUGAAUUGCGCAACUACAAUCUCCACGAUGGUUAUGCCUCCGCUGAUGCUCAAGGUAAACUAGGAGGAAUACUAUCCACAGAAAAGCGAUGCAUCGGGACGCGCAACUCGGAUGGCCAGGAUAAUUCUCUCGAGUUGCGGAAGAUGGGAUGUGCUGGCAUACGUUUCGGUCGUAACUUUGCUCGCAAGCAUUGUCGAAAGCCAACUGAAGAUGAAUUGUGGAAUCCUAGCCCUCGUGCGGUGAGCCAGGCUUUCAUGGCGAGAAAGCCGGAAGAGUUCAAACCUGCGACUACGCUCAAUUUAUUAGCUGCGGCAUGGAUCCAGUUCCAAGUUCAUGACUGGUUCAACCACGCAGACAGUGACGAGACGUAUGACAUCCUGCUGCAGAAAGAUGACAAGUGGCGUGCGGACCAUGGCGAUAUGAAGGUAUUUCGGACGAAGCCAGACGAUGUCCUGGACCUUUCAGACGAGCUUUGCCCUGGCUACCGCAACCAAAACACCGCUUGGUGGGAUGCCUCGCAGAUCUACGGCUCGAGCGAGAACGUCACGAUGAGCUUGAGAGGCGAAGAUCGGGAUGGAAAGCUUCUCCUUGAGAAGGUCGGCAAAGAAGCCAGGUUCCUCCCACGAAACCCAGACGGCACGCCAAAGACCGGCUUCAACGACAACUGGUGGCUCGGCAUAGAGAUGCUGCACACUCUGUUCGCACUCGAGCACAAUGCUAUCUGCGAAAAGAUUCGUCAAGGUCAUCCUGAUUGGACAGGUGACCAGAUCUUCGACAAGGCACGCAUUGUGAAUUGCGCCCUAAUGGCCAAGAUCCAUACCAUCGGCAUGGCUGCUAACUGGUGGGGCAUUGUUCGCGAAAAGCUCACAAAGGCGGUCGGACGUAUCUCGAAGACCAAUGAAGCCAUCAGCGGUAUACCGGGUUUGGGUGUCGACUAUCACGGGAUACCAUACUCUCUGACUGAGGAAUUCGUUUCAGUGUAUCGUAUGCAUCCACUGAUCCCAGACAACAUCGCCCUGUUCGGUGCCGGCAGUGGGAAGCAUAUCAAUACCGUACCAACCGAGGACCUCAUCUUCAAGAAGUCGCUCGAUCCUCUUAAGGCCGGCGCUACCUGGGCAGAUGCUUUCUAUUCCUUCGGCAUCAACUAUUCUGGCGCCAUUACCAAUAACAACUACUCCACAUUUAUGCAGCGGCUUAAGACUCCUGAUGGCCAGCUCCGUGAUAUGGGCACAGUUGAUAUCCUUCGAGACCGUGAGCGUGGCGUCCCACGAUACACGGCGUUCCGCCGCCUGCUCCGUAUGACUGUCCCCAAAACAUUCGAAAACUUAACCGGCGGUAAUAUAGAGCUCGCGGCGAAGCUCAGUGAGGUCUACGAUGGGGACAUCGACAAGGUCGACAUGUUGGUUGGGUCACAUAGUGAACUACUACCACAAGGCUUUGGUUUUAGUGAUACGGCAUUCCGGAUCUUUGUUUUAAUGGCUAGUAGGCGCCUGAAAAGCGAUCGCUUCAUUGCGGGAGCCUGGAAUGCUGACAUGUACACCAAAGAGGGCUUUGAUUGGGUGCAGAACACCACUAUGAGCGAUGUCCUAGGUCGUCACUUUCCACAGCUGAGGAAAGUGAUGCCGGAGAAGACCAAGGUUUUCGCGCCGUGGGAGAAGCUACCAGAGUUGAAGGAAUAA